AUGAGCUUCGCCGGACCCAGAAUCUCAAAACCCACAAAACCCCCAAACUCCACGACCCCACCACCACCGCAACACCACCUCAGGUCCUCCUCUUCUUCUCUCUCCUCCCACCUCGCCAUGGUCGAACUCAAACAGCGCAUCCUCACCUCCCUCUCCAAGCUCUCCGACCGCGACACCUACCAAAUCGCCGUCGAAGAUCUCGAGAAAAUCAUCCAGACCCUCGCCGCCGACGGCCUCCCCAUGCUCCUCAACUGCCUCUACGACGCCUCCGCCGACCCAAAACCCGCCGUGAAAAAGGAGUCCCUCCGCCUCCUCGCAUUGGCCUCCGCGUCCCAUCCCGACUUCGCCUCCACCCACCUCACCAAGAUCAUCUCCCAUAUCGUCAAACGCCUCAAGGACGCCGACUCCGGCGUCAGGGACGCGUGUCGCGACGCCAUUGGGGCCCUGGCGGCGCAGUACCUGAAGGGCGAGGGAGGCGCCGAGAAUGUCGGGUCGGUGGUGGGGUUGUUUGUGAAGCCGUUGUUUGAGGCUAUGGGGGAGCAGAACAAAGGGGUGCAAUCCGGUGCGGCGCUGUGUAUGGCUAAGGUAGUGGACUCGGCUUCGGAACCUCCUCCUGUCUCUGCUUUCCAGAAGCUCUGUCCCAGGAUCUGUAAGCUGCUUAACAAUCCUAACUUCCUCGCCAAGUCUUCACUUCUGCCGGUGGUUUCGAGCUUGUCCCAGGUUGGAGCGGUAGCACCGCAAAGCUUGGAUAAUUUGCUGCCGAGUAUUCAUGACUGUCUUGGAAGUCCGGAUUGGGCAACACGUAAAGCAGCAGCUGAUGUGCUCAUUUCACUAGCAUUGCAUUCGAGCAAUCUGGUCACGGAUCGGGCUGCUCCCACGGUGACUGUGCUGGAGUCUUGCCGGUUUGACAAGAUAAAACCCGUCAGAGAUAGCAUGACUGAAGCAUUGCAGUUUUGGAAAAAGAUCGCUGGGGGAGAUGACUCUCCGAAAGAGCAGAAAAGCCCAUCUCAAGCUGAGGUAUCAGAAAGGAAUGAGCCAAAAGUUUCAAAGUCUAGUGAGAAAACAGAACAAGCAACAAAGGUUUCACCUAAUGGUUCUUCCCCUACUUCAGAUUCUGUUUCUAAAGCCAAAGAUGGUAGUAUUCCAGAUAAAGCUGUUGCACUUCUGAAAAAGAAACCGCCUGUGUUGACUGACAAAGAGCUCAACCCAGAAUUCUUCCAGAAACUUGAAAGGGGUACUGGUGAGUUGGCUGUAGAGGUGGUUGUUCCUCGUAGACAUCUCAAUACUUCAAACUCAACCAAUGAGGUAGAACCAGAGUCUAUGGACUCAAAGGAAAGGUCAAACAACAUUGGAAACAGCCAUUCAGAAGAGUUUCGUGGAUCUUUCAAUAGUAAAUACCGUAACAUUGAGAGAGGAAUUGCUAGUGUGUAUUCUAAACAACGAGAUAAUGAAUGGGCAGAAGAAAGAAUGAACGGAAAAGACACUAGAAUAAGAGCAGUGGAUGUUGAUGAUAGAAGUGAUAUAAAUCAAAGGGAGUCAUCCAGCAGUCGUGCAGGGUUCUCUAAAACUGAUGGUCAAUCUGACGGAUCCUUUGCCAGUAACAAAGGAAAUUGGAUGGCUAUCCAAAGGCAGUUGUUACAGCUGGAGAGACAACAAGCUCAUUUGAUGAGCAUGCUGCAGGAUUUCAUGGGCGGGUCUCAUGACACCAUGAUAACUUUGGAGAAUAGGGUAAGGGGCCUUGAGAGAAUUGUGGAAGACAUGGCACGAGAUUUAUCAAUAUCAUCAGGUAGGAGAGGUGGUAAUUUUCCGAUGGGGUUUGAGGGAUCUAAUCGACAACUAGGAAAGUAUAAUGGUUUCCCUGAUUAUGCAAGUGGCAAAUUUGGAAGAGGUGGUGAUGGACGAAUUCCGUUUGGGGAGCGAUUUUCCCAAACUGAAGGAAUUGUUUCUGAGAUGAGGGGAAGGGGCCCUUCUUGGAGAUCUGACAUGUCUGAGGUGUGGGAUUAUUCUACAUAUGGUAGUUCCAGAAAUGGGCAGAGGAAGGCUAUGGAUGGUAGGUCACCCAAGUCAGAAAAUGGAAGUGAUCAUGGUGGCAGCAGGCGGGCAUGGGAGAAAGGGAGUGGACCUCUUAGGUUUGGUGAGGGGCCUUCUGCAAGAAGUGUUUGGCAAGCAUCAAAAGAUGAAGCUACCUUGGAAGCUAUUCGUGUUGCUGGAGAGGAUAAUGUACCAUCAAGAACAGCAAGAGUAGCUAUCCCUGAAUUGACUGCAGAGGCUAUGGGAGAUGAUACUAUUGGCCAAGAUCGGGAUCCAAUCUGGACAUCUUGGACUAAUGCAAUGGAUGCUCUUCAAGUGGGUGAUAUGGAUACAGCCUACGCUGAAGUAUUGUCUACAGGAGACGAUCCGUUGCUUGUAAAACUAAUGGAUAGAUCAGGUCCUGUGAUUGACCAACUUUCAAAUGAGACAGCAACUGAGGUUUUGCAUGCGGUUGGACAGUUUUUACCAGAUCAAAACUUGUUUGACGUCUGCCUGUCUUGGAUUCAGCAGUUGGUUGAAAUAGAGAUGGAAAAUGGACCUGAUGUCCUCGGCAUCCCAACGGAAGUAAGGAAGGAGAUAGUACUGAAUUUGCAUGAAGCUUCUGUAGCAAUGGAUCCACCUGAGGACUGGGAGGGUGCAAUGCCUGAUCAACUUUUGCUGCAGUUGGCAUCCACCUGGGGAAUCAAUUUGCAACAACAUGCCAAAUAGGUUAAUGAUUUAGCAUUUUGAGUGGGUGGUUUGGUAUGUAUAACCCCACUAGGGGUUGGAAAUUGCUGGCUAAAGGGUACUGGAAAAUGAUAUUAAUGGAUCAUCGGGUGAGCCACUUGGUUUCUGAUUCAAGUUGAAACUAGACGUGCGAGAUGAUGGGAGCUUUCUGAUUGUUAUGUUGAAACAGAUCCGCAACAGCGGGGCUAAGUUGUGCCAUGAGAACAAUCGAUUUUUGGGUUUACGGUGCGCAAAAGA